UCUGAUUACAGAGACGCGGAGACCAUCACAGAUGUGUGCAACAGCACCGAACUGCCAGAAUUUGAGAUCAUCAGCCUGCUGGAGGAGCAGCUGCCAGUUUAUCGCUUGCGCGCAGACACCGUCUACGGGUACGACCAGGAUGACUGGCUGCACACGCCCCUGCUGGCGGCCGACGUCCCGCUCGACCUGACAACUGAGCAGAUAGACGAGACCCUCAAAUACUUCUUGCUCUGUGCAGACAGAGUGGGCCAGAUGACGAAGACCUUUAGUGACAUUGACGCCAUCACACGUCUUCUGGAGGAGAAAGAGAGAGAUCUGGAGUUGGCUGCAAAGAUCGGUCAGUCUCUCCUGAAGAAGAAUCGAAUCCUCACUGAGCACAAUGACUACCUAGAAGAGCAAGUGGGACAAAUCACAGAAGAGGUGGCCCAGCUGCACCAUGAGUUGAACCUGAAGGAUGAGCUGCUGCAGUUUUACACAAACGCGGCCGAGGAGAGCGAGGAUGAGUCCGGUGGAUCCCCAACGUCAGCAUUUUUAGUCCUCUCAUCACGCAUUAAUGCUUCAUUUACAUUGGAUGCUGCAGCCGGAGGCUUUCUGAGCGACACCCUGCAGAGGAAACUAAAGGAACUGGAAGAAGAAAACCUGUCGUUGCGCUCAGAGGCGAGCCAUCUCAAAUCUGAAACCGAGACGUAUGAGGAGAAGGAGCAGCAGCUUGUCAAUGACUGUGUGAAGGAACUCAAAUUGUCCAGUCUGCAGAUCUCUACCAUAGCGGAGGAACUCGCUCGCAAAACUGACGAUGCCUCCCGACAGCAAGAGGAGAUUACGCACCUCCUCUCUCAGAUUGUCGACUUGCAAAAGAAAGCCAAGUCUUUUGCCGUGGAGAACGAAGAGCUCUCUCAGCAUCUGAUGGCGGCCAAAGAUGCGCAAAGACAACUGACCGCAGAGCUGCAAGAAUUAGAGGAGAAGUACUCAGAGUGCAUCGAAAUGCUGCACGAAGCACAGGAGGAGCUGAAGAACUUAAGGAACAGAAACUAUACAGUGGGAACGCCCAGACGCUUUCAUCCACUUGGAUUGUACCCGAUGGAUUCCCUAGCUGCCGAAAUUGAAGGAACAAUGAGAAAGGAGCUGAGUCUGGAGGACCCCGAUUGCGAGCAGCAAAAGGUCCAUCGUAAGCGCGUUUUCGAGACGGUCAAGAACGUGAACCAGACGGUGCGUCAGCGCUCCCUGACGCCAACAAGUGCCAACAUUCCGGGCUCCAAUCAGUCCUUGUCCUCCCGAACAUCUCCCAUGUCCAGUGGGUUGACCAGCCCUCACUCCAGCCUGGGUGGAGGCGACCUGGGCGGAGACGGCGUCAACCUCGACAACCGCACGCAGAGCAUCCUCAUGGAGACGGCGUCCAUUCAGGAGAGGAACGGAGACGGGCGAGAAAAGAAGGCGAGCGGAGCUGAGGAUUUGCGUAUAGCCCUCCGCCGCCUGUCCCUGCGCCGACAAAAUAACCUAAGCGAAAGGCGCUUUUUCGAGGAGGAGCGGGAGCGCCGGCAAGGCGGUGGCCUCCCCGUAGGCCACAGUAGCGUCGUGACCCCUUCAGAAAGCAUCAUGUCUCUGGGGAACCUCCACCUAUGGGCCUCCAGAGGGCCCUACCUACCUGAUAAACUGCAGAUUGUCAAGCCACUCGAAGGCUCGGCCACCCUGCAUCACUGGCAGCAAUUAGCGCAACCGCACCUCGGGGUAAUUUUGGAUGCCAGGCCGGGGGUCGUGUCAAAAGGAUACAGACCCCUCGAGCUAGAGCUCGAACAGGUGUAUUCAUGGGGCAGCUUUGAGGAAGACGAAGCAGGAGAACAGUACUUCCAAAACCUACCCACCACCUCGUCUUCGGCCUCCCCGGCUGUAACCUCCUCAAGUCUGGGGCAGCCCUCGCCACACUUGGCUCCUCCUUCGCCACCAUCGCCGUCCCCGUCGCCACAUCUCAGCAACACUGACGCACUGGCUGCAUACUAUCCAGGUAAAUGCAUGGCCCAUACAAGCUCCACCUACACCUUCACCACGUGCCGCAUCCUGCAUCCGACGGACGAGCAGACGCGGGUGACACCCAGUUUGAACGCCAUCCCCGCGUCUUCCUCAUGUGUGAUGACCAGCUCGUUAUUGGGAACGCCCGCUGCUACACCCUGCACACCCCGCAGGCUUAGUUUAAGACCCUCUGAAUCGUCAACAAAUCUCAGAGAUGCCACACGUACCACCAGCACCUCCCUGGGCCUUGUCCGCCUUCUUCAGGAGAGAGGGAUCUCUGCAGCAAUGUAUCACCAGAGUCGGGGACUUGAUGCCAGUCAAGCCAAUGAAGGGGUUUUAUUCAGCACUUCCAUUACUCCCAACAGACCACCCGACCCUGACCCAUUGCGCCCCUCCACCCCUCCGAACUCCCCCACGGCUCAAGGGACUUCAGCAGUAGCGACUUCAAUGGGAUUUGAUUUUAAAAGUCCCUCUUAUGACAACUUCCUGGCCUCCAAGCCAGCACGUUCCAUUCUGAAGGAAGUGACGGGGGGAAUGAGAGGCCGACAGAGGGGACGCGACUGUGAGAGUCAGACUGACGUGAGUGUAACCGUGCAUAACCUCAACCUACUGGAUAAGGUCAAACGGCUCGGGGUGGCCGGUGCGGCAGGAGGCAGAGCGGUCAGUCCGGGCCCUAUUCUUGGUGGGCCUCUGGGUGGACUGCGCAGGUCUGGCUCCCCCUUCGGGCCAGAUGGGAUGAGAAGGAACAGAAGUUAUCCAGCCAGCAUGGCCAUGAAAGCUCCAGGUCCCCCCGAGUAG